UCAUUUUUGAAAACCAUGUAAUUACAGCUGCAUAACGAAAAUUUUGAGAUCACCACCCUGCGGAUUGACGUGGUCACGGACGGAAGACACGCGGAGGUGGAAUUCACGACGGACUGGCAGCAGGACGCCGAGCGCCGAGACCUCACUGUCAACUCGAUGUUCCUGGGCUUUGAUGGUACUUUAUAUGACUAUUUCAAUGGUUAUGAAGACUUAAAGAAUAAGAAAGUGAGAUUUGUUGGACAUGCUAAAAAGAGGAUACAAGAAGAUUACCUUAGAAUUUUAAGAUAUUUCAGGUUUUAUGGGAGGAUUGUAGACAAACCUGGUGACCACGACCCUGAGACUUUGGAAGCAAUUGCAGAAAAUGCCAAAGGCCUGGGCGGAAUAUCAGGAGAGAGGAUCUGGGUGGAACUGAAAAAGAUUCUGGUUGGAAAUCAUGUCAGUCAUUUGGUUCACCUCAUCUACGACCUCGGCGUGGCUCCCUACAUAGGUUUACCUGCUAAUGCAAGUUUGGAAGAAUUUGACAAAGUCAGUAGAAAUGUUGAAGGAUUUUCACCAAAGCCAAUGACUCUCUUGGCCUCGUUAUUCAAAGUGCAGGACGAUGUCACAAAAUUGGAUUUGAGGUUGAAGAUUUCAAAAGAAGAGAAAAACCUUGGCUUGUUUUUAGUUAAAUACAGGAACGACUUAACUAAAGCAACGGAUAGUUCCGACCCACUGAAACCCUACCAGGACUUCAUUAUAGACGUAAGUACAUACCAGUCGUGGUCAGUGCAGUCCGUCCUAAUAGUAAAGCUAACUUUUUGUUUUUUUAAUAUAUUUUUAUUGAUUUCCAA